CCUGCUCUAUAUGUGGCACAUGGAGUCGCUUUAGGAAUCCAGUCCAAAUGUUUUCCAUAUUAGUUCAGAGCCUUCUCUGUUUCCAAAUAGCAGACGAGCUGUGCUUAUGGUGAGAGGAGGCCUUGGCAGGGAGGGGAAGGGAAGUUGAGAGAGACAGACGGCAGGCAGGCUUAUCCACCCCAAACACUGCAACAGUAAAAGUCGAGUGUACAGAACGAGAAAAAAGAGGAGAAAUGGGGCAGGGGCAGAAAGGUUCCUCAGACAAGGAGGAGAAGAAGAAGAAGAAGAGAGAUGAAAGCCCAGCGCCAGAGGACAGCCAUAAGUGCAGAGUCUGUCGCUUCCCUCUGCUCGUCGCCCUGCUCCAGCUGCUGUUGGGGGCGGCCGUCACAGUCGUGGCCUUCCUUAUGUUGGCCAUCAGCCCCUCACUCAUGGCCCGGGAGACGCCACACUGGGCUGGAAUCAUUCUUUGUUUAGUUUCUAUCCUGGGCUUAAUCCUGUACUGUAUCAAUUACCACCCUGAUGAAAGAUCAUCUAUCCAGUUCAUUGUCAAGCUCCUAUACUUCGUCUUGUGUACGAUCGGCCUGGUCAUCUCAGUGCUGGUUAUUGCCUUCUCCGGACACCAUUACUCUCAGACCGGCAGCUUCAGGUGUCAGCAGGCGGGCGAGGACUGCGUGUGCAGACUGGAUCAAGAGGACCCAAUAGCUCGCACCUUCAGCUAUGAGGGGGUCAGUGACUGCGAGGCGAUCACCGGGACCCUCACCCUCUACUUCCUGCUGCAGAUCGUUCUCAACCUGCUCCAAGCAGUGGUGUGUGCCAUCGGGGCCUUCAUCAUGUGGAAGCACCGCUACCAGGUGUUCUUCGCCGGCCUUCAGAUUGGCUCCUCCUCCUCCCAGUGGCAGAACGUUUAACACGCCCAUGACAGAGUUGAAAGAUGACUCUGGUCAGGGCGGAGGGUAAUACCUUCAGCUUGAGUGACGGGGACAUGUGCCUUUUUGGUUUGUGCCUAAGCUUGUUUUCAUUGAUGUCAAUUUAUAUUAACCUUUUGUGAUAGUUUUUCUAUAAUAGCUUUUUGCACACAUUUUGUAUACCAUAUAAGUCAUAUUUUUUCCAGUUGCCAAUGUUAUAAUGUAGAUGAAGAGAUACAAUACAGCUGCUUUGCUUUGAGAAGUAA